AUGGAUGCUGGCUUGCUAACGGUGCCAAAGGCAGGAGUUCUGAAGGAGACCGGGGAGCCAAAGCACCAACAAAGCACAGAUCCUGAAGGCUCACAGCAGCUUGAAGCAGAGACACUCCCACCUGCAGCUCUUCAUAUCCCAGAGACUCAGGCGGCUUCAGUCCUACAAAAUAUGCAGGUCAUCAUCUUAAAACAAGCCUUCCUCUCAUUCUCCAUCUUUAUUCUGUGGAUAUCAGAUCCCAGUCACGGCAGUGAUGUUACUCAAAAGUCCACACUGUGGAGAAACAAGGGUGACGAUGCAACAAUCGACUGCGAGCACACCAAGGAUGCAUCCUUCCUCCAGAUGUACUGGUACAGACAGCUGCCUGGAGAAACCAUGGAGCUGAUAGUGUUCACGUCCACGGCCAGGAAAGACCACGACUUUGGAGAGUUCAGCAGAGACAAGUUCUCAGCCACCAAGACUGAAGCUCAAAGCGGGACGUUCACAGUCAAACAGCUUCAACCUGAAGACGGCGGCCUGUAUUUCUGUGCUGUGAGUGAAGCUGCUGAAGCUUAUUUUGGUGGAGGAACAAAGUUAACCGUUUUAGAAGAUGGACUUGACAUCACCCCGCCGAGAGUUAAAAUCCUUCGCCCCUCAAAGGCCGAAGACACGAAGACAAAAAGGGAAAAGAAGAAGACGACGCUGGUGUGUGUGGCCUCGGAUUUCUACCCGGACCAUGUCAGCGUGUCCUGGAAAUGCAGCGCGGGAAAAUGUGACAAAGCUGCGACGGACAGCGCUGCCAAGAGGGUCAAAGAAAAAUACUACAGGAUCACCAGCAGGCUGAAGGUCCUCACAGAAAUCUGGGAAAAGCCUGAGAACACAUUCACCUGUUCCGUCACUUUCUAUAAUGGGACAAAAGACAUUGUGUUCGAACACACGAUUAAAGGGAUCCAAGGUAACUCCACUGGAAACACGAGAGAAAACUAUUUGAGGAUCACUCAAAAAGCCAAACUCUCCUACUGCGUCUUCAUCGUGAAGAGCUGCACCUACGGAGCCUUCGUGGGAUUCGUCAUGUGGAAACUUCAGGGUUCAAAGAGGAAACGCUGAGAGCAGAAGACGACCAUCUGAUGUCUCUAUAGAACAUCUGUCAUAGUUUUUCAGCAUUGCAGAGCGAUUCAUUGACAUAAAAUAAGUUCAUUAAAAAGUUCAUUGUUCUCAUUAUUUUUUCUGCACUUACAAGUCAUCAACUGAAGGUUUUGACUUUUUACUGGUGUUUAAUUUUGGUGUCGGGUGAAAAAAUAUCUAAUUUUGUGGAAAUAAUUCAAUAUUUUGAGAUUUUUGAUUUUUAUGAUAUAAUAGAUGCAAUGUGAGGGAGGAAAAAAGUCACUGAAAUGUGUCACUUUGUCAGCAUGUACAUCUAAAAAGAUAUUUCUCAGUCGUUCUCUGUGAAUUUUAAAUGAGCUCCAGUUGAUUUUAUUCAUUGUCUUUUUUCUUUUAAUGUACCUGUAUAACUGAGUCAAUCAGCCUCUGGUUUGAUGGAAACAAUUUUCUUUCUGGCUUGAAUGUUUUUUGAAUAUCACCUGCUUUUUCUCGGAUUUUCUGCUUAAUUUUCAACCAUUUUGUUAAUAAAUAGAGCUCUUUGGACAAGUA